AUGAACCGACCAGAGAUAAAUCCUGUCUUGACCUCGGUCCUCCCACCUAUAGGCACUAGCGACCAUUCAACUAUUGAGUUUCAGAUCAAGGUUUCGUCAGGGCCCAGUAGAAUUUAUGAAGCUAAGGAUUUCGCUAAAGCUAAUUUCAAAGCUAUAGGAGAUUAUCUCUCGGAUAUUGACUGGAUCGGCUCCUUUGGGACCGUCGACUCCGUAAUGAUAAGUCGCCAUCGUUCUUUGGCGAUUCGUCUGGUACACCCAUUGCAGGAAAGGUUGUCCCAUUCGGAGAACUUAAAGAGCUCCCGCGACUUCUGCAUUAUCUUGAACGUGAAACCUGUUCUGAUUGAAGCAAUGAUGAUGUUCCCAGAAAACAUACCAGAAAGUUGGGGAGGAAAUUUUUAUAACAAGAAUGUCACUGCCAAGCUAGCAGAAAAGAAGGAUGGGCGCAAGAAGGGUGGCUCCUCAUCGACGAGGCCACGAAAACCCAAUUCAAAAGAAAAGAACAUGAGCCAAGAACAUCAAGGAGGGCCGAAAGAUGCUCAAAUGAAGAAAACAAGUGCGGAGCAAGAACAACGCGUUGAUUAUGGAGUAAGAGGAAAGAAAAUGAACCAAUGCGAUAAAGCUGGGAAGGUCCUCUCAAAGGAAGGGAUGGUGAAGCAAGAAUCGCAUGAGAAGCUUGAUGAAGCUGGGGGAAUGAAGAAAAAUGAGAAAGAAGAUAAAAAGAAUGAGGAACAGCGACAUGGCCAGAAAGUGGGAGAAGGCAAAAAAGGAAGUGGAGAAGAAACAAUGUGCUCCAUCGCUGCUGCAUUUGCCAUGCUCCUGCAUCUCUCGCAGAUAACUCCGGCACUCUUCUGCACGUUCAGACAGCUCCCUCCUUCCGCAGAGAUAAAAGUUCCCACAUACCCUCCGAGUUCGCCUUUCUUCAAGGAUCACAUUGAAGAUUGCAUGAAGAUGUGCUACGAAGAUCCGUCCUGCGUUUACGUCAUUUCUUUCAAGAAUGGCUACUGCUCUAGUAAUCCUUCUGAAGGCGAGAGCAUGCGUGCCAGCGAGGUGUGGUACGAUCAGGACAUUGGUGGAGUAGUUUAUCAAUUGGAUCGGAACGAGACCGUCAUGAUGUGUCCAAGAACAUCUUUUGGGGCCAUUCGGCUGGUGUCUGUCUCCGCAUCUCGUGGAAAGGAACGAAGCUACUGCCUACAAUUGACAAGAUGGAUGACUCACUUCAUCUACGUCCCAAUUUUACUGACAGAGCUGCCGUCGAUCGAGGAG